AUGUCUACCAACAAACUCACCGUCGGACAAGAAGCCCAUGAGCUUAGUGCUCAGACCACUGGUUUUACCACCGAUCAAGAUAUUGCUAUGGAUCCAAUCGAGGAUUCAGUUGAUACUGAGGUGGACCACGACAAACUUCAGGACGAACUCCAGGAGUCUCUCUUGAAACAUAAGAAGAAUGCUGCACACAGGGUUUUUCAGCUCUUGGCAGAUUCCAAUCACAGCGAGCAGGAACUUAUCAGUGCCCAAUAUGACAUGGAUAAAGCCAACACUGCAUGGGAAGCCUUCCUCAGGGCGAAGCAAGCGACAUGGUACACUCUGGACGUCAUUCCUGCCACACAGGUCAAACGAAAUAUCUCUGCAUUGGUCCCCAAGGAUCUGCCUUCCUUCCAGGUCAAAGGGGGACCCAUCCGCGACUCCAACAAGAAGGUCCAUGAUUCUGUCAAGGCCUUUAUAAGCGCUUUCGAGAUCCAACUUCGGGCAUACAACUUGAUACCCCUGGAUGAACACUGGGAACGCCUCUUUGGACUCACCUGCGAUGAUUCGCAAAGACAAUGGUUUUCACGCACCCUGGCUGACAAAGGGUAUACCUGGGAACAAGCAACGGCUCGGGUAGAACGUGAAUUUGGCAAUCCGUUCUACAUCUGGCGCAAGAAAGAUGAACACCGCCACAUGGCCCAAAAGCCCAACGAAUCCAUCCGUCUUUUCCUUACCCGCUACCAAGAGGUCUCUCUCGAGGCCAAUCUCCAACAAAAUUCCGAGCUGGUAUACAACUUCGUGUGCUCUUUGCAACCGCACAUCAAGCAGAAGGCUUGGUCGACACUGACGAACCAUUAUGGUUUAACUCUCACUGCGGACCUGCACCAAGCGGCACAGUUGAUCAUGGCUGCCUGCGGAGAAGGAAAUACCGACUCGUAUCACAUCGGUGAACCUUGGAACAAUGGCAAGCGCCGUUACACCAAUGAAGACGCUGUGGAACAUAAGCGCCAAAAGCGAAGCUACGACCGCCACGGCAAUUGCCCCAUGCACCCCAAAGGCUCGCAUGCCAAGGAAGAAUGUCACCUUUGGAAGAAGAUCAUCCAAGAAGCAGCUGCACUAUCCAGAAGCUCACAGGUUGUUCAACCUACGAGUGGAAACUUGUGCCGGUAUUGCAAGAAGGCUGAGUACACCCGGGACCAUAGGUGCCAAGAAUACCGGGAUGCCAAGAGUAAGAAGUUCGUAGCCAACAGGGCAGCCAAGACUUUGAGUCUGGUUGACCCAGACACCGAGAUGCUUCCAGUCAACCUGGAAAAACUAGAUCUUCAGACACAAGUUAGCCCUGGUGGACACUGGAGCGAAUAG